UCUUCCAAAUAAUCACUCCACCCACUCGUAUUCUCUUCGAACAAUUAUUUCGUUUAAUUGUCAAUUUUUGAUCGCCGUCUCUUUUGGCGCUGUAAAUUUUUCGUCCUGGCUGCUAACUGUGAUUACAUCUUUCUAAAGUUUAGGUGUACUAGAAUACUGACCGAUUGGCGGAGGAAAUCAAUCAAACGAUUAAUAAUCAGGAGGAGCAUCGAAAAGUUUUUCUUAGAUUAUGGUGAAUAUCUCCCUUUUUUCAACAUGACUGGCGAUGUUCUAUUCUCAAACAUGCUUUUUCGAUAUAGAGAUCUUCCGCUGGGCGUGAAGAUGCCGGACUCGCCAGACAGCCUAAUCAAGAACCAGAUUACUUCAAAUCCUUCUAACGGUAUACCAGGUGUAAACGGAACUCAUUCCCCUCAUCCUCCUGGAAGCACACCUUCUCCUCCUGUUACAUCCCUACCUUCAUCGAAUACCGUCCCUCAUCACUUAGAAAUGGCGGCUGGCAAUGGUACCUUGAGAGGCAAACACGUGCUCAAGGUAAAGAGAUUCCUGGCCACCUUGCAACAGUUUGCUUCGGACAUGUCCGCAGACAUCGGUGAACGAGUCCACAGUCUCAUCAUUGGAUUAGUGAGUUCAUCAGUCUCUAUCGAAGAUUUUCAUCACAAGAUACAAGAAAUUACCAAUUACCCGUUAAGACCAUUUGCAAUUCCUUUCCUAAAAUCCCAUCUUCCACUUUUGCAAACGGAACUGAUCCACUUCUCAAGAAUGGCCAAGCAGAGUCCUCAACAGUACCUGAGGCAGCACGAACAUGUCAUCCUCGACACUUCAUCGCAUCCAGGAUCAGAACCUUUUGAAAUUUUCCAAGAACUCAAAGAGAAUGGGAAAAGGAGAUCUCCCUCGAGCAGGAAUGGCAAAAUAGAUCUUGACUACACAGAAACCAAUGGUGACGGCCCACCACCAUCGAAACGUCACCAUCCAAUACCAAGUCCGACACUGAACUCUCGGACGAGUCCAGUUGCUCCAACAGGGCUGGGUCUGCCCCCGAGCUUGAACAUCAGACUCCCUGAAGACACCCUUCCUUGUUACAGAGACAGAGAUGUGCGCGUGGACAGAUACGAGAGAUUCGAGCGUGAGUUCUACAGGCCAUUUUACGGUAAUUUACCCAGGGAUUACCCGGAAGACAGAGAAAUGGACGAAGAAUGGAGGAAUAUUCACACGAUGCUGAAUUGUAUCUUGGGGAUGGUGGAAAAGACAAAACGAGCCCUUUGUAUCCUUCAGCAUCGGAGUUAUUCGGAGAGAGCCGAACUAAGUGGUUGGAUUCGGCAUCCAGAGGUGGAACCCAAGAAGUCUCGUCCUUCAGACAUUGUAUCCCACUUUAAAAUAGCCGAGGACCGAGUAUCGGAAGUGCGGCGGAGAGCAGAAGAAGCUGUUAAUGAGGUGAAGCGGCAAGCAGUGGCUGAAUUACAGAAAGCGGUUUCGGCGGCUGAAUGUAAAGCCAGCGAACUGGUAGCUGCAGAAAGGAUCAAAAUGGAAAGGCUGCUGGCAGAGGCGAGGCGGCAGGCUGCAGAAGACGCACUUGCAGUUGCAACACAUCAGGAGGAAUCCACAGAGAUGUUGUCCUCUUCUAAUAUCAGAACUGUUGGAACUGUGGAAGGAAAGCGAGCGAGACCUGCAGUGGCUGCAACGUGGCCAGGUACUGUGGUUCCUUCUGCCAGCACAAGGACUGGGAUUCUCACCACCGGAUAUGCGGUCAAACAUCCGGCAACCACCCAUCCACCUCAUCCUCCGGUACUCCACCAAGGACAACAACAGAUCACCACAGUCCGAGUCCCUCCCGGACCUCAUCAAUGAUCGAUGUCAAGCCAAUCAAGAUAGACAAUAUCUAACCCCCACGACAUCCUAUAUGCUUCAACAGAUUGUAACAAAAAGGAUUUCGAACUAUGUGCGGUUUCUUGCAGACGCAUCCGUAAUCGCCAUUGAUCAAGACUGAUUUCUGAGCAAUAACAAUAGCUUUAUGAUAACAAAAUUUAACCAGCAAGUUAGCAAGUAAGCUUCUAGUUAACAACAAGUUUUGUUAACAACAAAAGUUAAUAAGCAAGGUGUAUUUAUAAUGUAUGUGUUUCGAAAAGUAUACAGCUGUUUCGAUCUAUUACUUUUUUGUGUUUCAACAAAGCGAGGAACAGUCCUUUAAAUUGCGCAAGGUUAUUCUUCUAAGAACUUUCGCAACCCAUAACUAAAUUGAGAGAAUAUAGGAAAAAUAUACUCAUUUAGUAGAUUUCAAUGAAUAUUCAGGAUAAUUCUUAGCUAAAAUAAUUAAAAUUGCAAGAUAAAAAAAUUGCCCACACCGGCUUCAGAUUCGGUUCGUAAAAUUAAAUCGUUUACAGACGCAAUUUUCAGUUUUUUUUUUUUUUUUUUUUUUUUUUUUUCCCAAACAUGGAGAUUAAAUUAUGAUAGAAAUAUAUAAAGCGUGAGAUUGUGCAACAGAGAAAACAAAUUAGGCUAAAAUUUACCGAUUUAGGUUAGUUAUUAAAGAACUCUUAUUCUCGAGGAUUCUUAUAACUUUGAAAAUUAGAAGGAAGAAAAGGAAAUAAAUAAUAAGAAAAAAUUUUUAAUUCACUUAAAAUUUUAGCUUAAAAAAUAAGUUUACAAAAGCAUUAAUAAAAUUUCUUGAUAACGCGUAAUAUGUCUAAACCUAACUUAAAUAUGUUAAUGAUAAUUAUAACUCUCUAUAAAUAAAUCACUUGGAAACUGAAGAUCACGUUUCAGGGACAGAAUAAUUAGGAUCUGGCUAGCAGCGAAUUAAAAUAAAAUGAACCCUAGCUAAUAUUCUCUGUUUAAGCAAUCUUGUAAAAUAAACGUGAAAUUUUAUUACUCGUUCCAAUUACAGCUCACGGUUUUCAAAUCUUCAUUUAAAUACGGGAGAUUGCCGGAAAAACAUUAUUUUCUUAAACUUCAUCCUCAGUACGUUCGCUGCAAUCCCCCAUGAAACAUCUAUGUCUGAUUGCAUAGAUUCUGAUGCACUAUCUCUCUUAUUUCAUUGCUGGAAAUUUUUUUUUCCCAGUAAGUCUUCAUUCAUAAUCCUGGUAAAGCAAUAUAAAGGUGUUCCACAACUUAAGUAGUUACAUUGGUGCUAACAUUAACUUUAGGAGCAAGAUUAAGAUUAUAAAUGCCUGCAGGUAAUUGCCAAACCGCAAUUACCUGUAAGUUUGUCGGCUUCGCUCUUCAGUUGUUUCAAAAACAUCAGCGUACGCUCCAUGAUAGUAUCCAUAUCCGACACCUAGCGUCGUUUAUUGGCAGAUCCUUCUAAGUCCUGGAUGUGCGAAUGCAUAAUGCCCUUAAAAUUAACAAAAUUCAAUGCAGAAUUAGCGGCCACUCCAACGCAGCUUUGAUUAUCCACAGUAUCAUCCGCAGAGACGCUUCCAUCUAUGCGAUUUUCAGUAUCGUCAUUUGGCUGAACAACUUCGAAAUUCUCACUCAUGGACGAGCGACCUUAUACGCGUAUAUGGAUAUUUACAGCAUUUUCCAUCUACCGCUUCAAAGUAGGCUGUUCAUUAACAUAAUAUGUUCUUGCAUGUACAUGCAUUGAUACCUCAAACUGCAAACUUACUUUGCAACUGCUUGCUUAUGCUAUGCUACAUCACAGUAUUAAGGUUAUAUUCUGCCUGUCUCUCGUGUUGUGUAAACUCCAAGUAUUGAAACUGGCAAAUGAAUCUUUUCGUGAAAUUGUUGUAGAAGCAGUGAGCUACAAAAGACAUAUUUAGCGCGAAUUUGUUAUGCAAAAAAUAAAUGCAUCUCGUUUAAAAUUAUGUCUUGGGAUAUUGACUUUUAAAACUUCGUCAAGAAACCGCAAAGGGAAAUUUUCUAUAACUAAUGACAUUGUUUUGUUUUAGAAGAAAUACACGUGUAUGUCAUUUUUUUAUAUAUGUUGUAAUUAGUUCCUAAACUCGAGGUACAAACAACAUUUGGUACCUUGGUCAAAAGGAUUUCGUGUGUAUAUUCAAAACAAGUUUGGACUUAGAGUUUUCAGUGUGAGAUUACCAAAGAACUGUUGUAAAUAUUAUAAUGUGUAAAUAAUUGUGUGUUGUUUUUCAUAUUCAUUUUUUUCUCCUGUGUUCAAGCAUUUGACUAUUGUAAAUGUUGUUGGGAAAAAAACGAAUAUUUGGAGAAUACUGUUUGAAUAAGCCACAGACAUAUAAAUUGCAUUACUACUUUAGUUAAAACUUAAUAAUUAUUGAAAUGAUUUUUUAAAAUGUUAAAAGUAUGUUCUUAAAAUGAAAUGAAUAAAUCACAGUGAUGCUAAAUUGAUAAUAAAUGAUGCUACGUGCUAAAUUUUCCAAUGGACAAAAUCUCAGUUGCUGUGUUACGGAAGUUGACUAUGUGUUUUUUUAUUAUUCUUUUAAAAAGUAAAAGUCAUCUAUGUUAGAAAAUACACAUUUUCACUUGAUACUAAUUAAAAUACCUUAUUACUUCGAGUUUAAACUAUCCUCAAAUUUAAGUCGCAGUUUUAUUUUAAAGCUGUAAAAUCAUAAAAAAAAAUUUUAAAUAAAAAUUACUUUGAUAGGUAUUGAAAAGUAAGCAUUUUUAUUUUCUUAAAUGUAAGCUACUUAAUUUUAUCAGAAAUAAAUAUUAAAUUAAUCGCUUUAAAUUUCAGUCGCCUUCUUAGUGUAAUAAAAUUCUAAGUAAAAUAUGUGACUUCAGUUCAAAGUAAUACUAUAUGAAAAUUACAAACUAUACUAUUUUGCAUAAUUAUAUAUUCUUAUUUUGGUAAUAUUUUUACUAAUUUUCUGUGAUUUAUAAUUAGUAAAAUUAAAUUAUAAAGGUUUAUUCGUAAUUUUUUAAAUAGUCGGUGUAAAAUAAAAUUUUUAAAUUUGAUACAUUUGUAGUUAACAAAUAGUUAACAAGCAGUAAAUACAGCCUCUGCAGUCGUUUGUAAUAAAUUAUAAGAAAAAAAGUUGUUGAGGUUAAAAUCAAAUCCGCUCUUUAUAAUUCUAAAUGAUAAUAAAUUCUAAGCAAAUGGAAUAAAUGGUAAAUAACUAAACGAAACGAAAGCUUAGCAGAAGUGCUGUAUAACACCAAAAUUUUAACCAUUAAAAUAAACGGGCAAUUUUUAAUGAAGUAACAUAUUCCAGGCACAGUUUUGUUGGGCAAGACAGAAUAUACGUAGUUAUUCCCAUAGAGUUAUAUACCCAUAGAGUAACAUUACAUAAUUUUUAUUGCAAAAUAAAUUAAUAGACAAUUAAUAUAUUGCAUAAUCAGAAAAAUUACAAAGCAUAUGGAGCAGAUUUAACUAGUCAAGGAUCUGUUGCCAUCAUUUAAAUGUAAUAAAUUUUAAAAAAAUGCUGUAUGUCUGUGGUAUUGUUCGAAGCCCUCUUUAUUGUGGAGCUGUGAUCUGGCAUGUAAGUAAAAUUAAAUACGAGUUUUAAUUGCAGACUGAAACUGUUGUUUCUUUUACAGUUUAAGAUUCAUGUACGUUAAAUAUAAAUAUUGCAUUUUUUUCAUUCUUUUCUAAGUUCGAAGAGAAAAUUUGAGUGUUAUUUAUAUUUUUUUACAGCACCAUCUUGAAUGAAAAUUUAACAAAUCAUACCUGAAAUAACUAAAUUGAAUUUUAUGAAGUAUUUUCACUCUUUGUUAAUUAUUAAGCUGUUCAUUUAUUAAUUAUUGUUAAUCUUAUGUAUUGUUUUUAAGAAUGGAAAGAUGCAGCGUUUUAAUUUCGGGGAAACUAUAACAUCCUUUAAACUGCAGGCAUUUCGUAUGACAGGUUGUGGAUAUUGUUCAUUUUUCUCAAAUCCAAUUAAAUGCAGACGUUCUUAAAUCAAGCUAUUCCAAAUUUUUAAAUUAAAAGUAUCUGCCUGUAUUUUAGCCUAGAAUUAUUUCUGCACAAAACGCCAACCGUUUAAUUGCUUUAUAACCUUAUUUUGGCAUUUCGGGCAAAGUUUUGCAAAACAGCUUAGUAGUUAUAUUCUUGCUACGAUGGAACACCACCACAAAUGUUGACUGGCUGUUGAAAAGAACUUUUGUUUGCUUACGUCCACAGAUAAUUACUUAGUUCAUAUUUUUUCAAAACAGUAGUUUUAUUAAAAAAUACUAAUUUAUCAAAAUUAUAAUUGUCUUUCUGUCUUCAAGUUAGGUACAAAAUGCUCAGAUUUUGGCCGGUUUAGCAGUUUAGAAAUACUAAGCACAAAGAAUUUUAUAUAAGAUGAUCUUCUUGGUUCUAUAUUUUCUAUAUUUCCUUCUUCUUGGUUCUAUAUAUUCUAUAUUUUCACUCAGUUCACGGCUAUACAUGUGUAUAUAUUCCAGAAUUCGGUAAAAUUUUCAGGUGGAUAUUUGGAUUCUUUUCUUACUUUAAAAUUACGAAUUUCAUAUCAGUUUAUUACGCAUCUGGAGUUUAAUCAUGCAGAUGAAGAAUUUUUAAAGUUUUGCCGUGACAAGUGUUUAUUUUUAAUUUCAACUUUUACAUUUUUUUUUUUUUUUUUUUUUUUUUUUUUUUUUUUUUUUUUGUGGACGAUUUGAAAUUGUAUCUUGCAGAUUAAUUCGUUCAAAAUAUAUUUCUUUUGAAAAUUUAUUAUGAUUUAAGGCUAAAUAUCAUGAAAUAUGAACACCACAGAAUAUAUGAUAUACUCAUAAAAUAUGAUCCGUACAGAAAUAUUUUUAAGUAUCCAUCAAUCUAAAAUUAAAUUUAAAACUAUGUCUCAAAAUAUGGUUGAAUAGUGAUUUUUCUUUUAAGUAACAUUUAAUUAAAAUUACAUUUUAUUCCCGAAGUCGCAACCUUAGUGGCCAGUGCAUAAGCACGGAGCAGAAAAGUAUGAAUGCAUGAAAACUACUCCUAAGAAUAAAGAUUACAACCAUAAUAUUACAAAAGAGCAUAUUAGGCUGUAAAUAAUAUUUAGGCUUUCACACCUAAGUAAUAAUAUUAUUAAGUUUUAUAUUUUUAAGCUAACACCUUUAGGCCCGUAACUGCAUUCCUUCUGCGAAAAAAUUAAAGUGUAGUUCGAAGAGUCAGGAUACCAGAAGCGAUGUCUAAUGUCUGAUGACAUAAAAGGGACUUUGUAAUAAAAAGCAAUUAUAGGCAUAAUUGCUUUUUAAGCCUAAUUUAUAAGGUCUCUUGCUUUGGAGCAAAUAUUAAAAGCAAGUCUUUCCAGUAAAACAGAGAGUGAAAGAUAAAAUGGCACAUAAGCUAUGUGGUACUUGAGCAAGAAAAGGCUUAUUCAAAAUACCAGUCCGACGCAUUUUCCAGUCUUCAUUCACAGCAAAGAUGAGUAUUUUUAGUGACAUUAAGUAAUUCUGUGCAUAUGCCCAUUAUUAUUGUUUUUAUUAAUUGGAUGUCAAAUAAAAAUGCUGCUUCUGUCCAAGUUUUUAUUUUAGUAGAGCUGAAUUUUUAUUCUUCAUUUAAAUGUUGUAUUACUUGAAUGUUGAAUUAAAGUGCUCAGUGUCCCCCUCCAAAAGUCAGUGGAAUAGUCAGUAAAUAGUAGUUUAUUGCAUACAUUUUUUUUUUUCAUUUUUUAAAAAUUAAAUGUUUCAUCCUGAACGUAAAAAACAAUAAACUUUAUGCAAUAUCGAGGGGGAAAAACAAAUGUGAUUUCCUUUGUAAUCUAGUCAAUGUAUUAAGUGUAUACGAUGUUUUAGAAAUAUAUCUUGUACACUCAAAAAGAUUGCAUAAAAGUAAUAAAAUAAAUGAUCUAAAUGUU